CGGACGUGGAAGGUCUUAUCCAUCCAAACCUUUUCAAAUGGGCCCCGUCGCCUAGCGUUUUCUCCCCAGAGCCUCCGACUGAAUCGAGCAGGGUGCUUUAAUAACAUCGGCACGAGCGGCAAAGAAGGGUUUCCAUCUAAGUCACGAUUUACACAAGUCUGUAAAAUGGCAGCCAUCCCAGCUAGUGGUUCUCUUGUUGCCACUCACGACUACUACAGAAGGCGCAUCGGCUCUACAUCCAGUAGCAGCUCAUGUGGCAGUUCGGAGUAUAGUGGGGAGGUUAUUCCACAUCAUCCAGGAUUGCCCAAACAGGAUUCAGGCCAUUGGUGGUCCAGUUUCUUCUUUGGGAAGCAGAACCUGCCUGGUAUGGGAACUGUUGCAGAGGAGGCUCAGCAGAAGUCAGGGGUGGUGAGUGUGACCAAUGGGCAGGUGACAUGUGUUGCCCGGGAGAUGGUGAUGAGGCAGGCGAGUGAAAGCAGUGAUGGAGGAAAGUCGGAGGCGGGGAAUUCUUGAAUCCAACAUCAGAUCAGGACAUCAACGCUAGGGGACGGACAUGGCUCCCUUUUCUUUCUUUCUUUUCUUUUUUUUUCCCCAAUCCAUGUAAUGGGCUGUUUUUAGUACUUAUUUUUGUCUUUUUUUAUUCACAUAAUAAGUGUAAGUAAAAACUUGAAAAGAUUUUUGUACAUUUUUACACGUGUAACCGUUUGUUACUUGUUGUCGUCUUAUCCUAUGUUUUUCAGCACAAUAAAUGUCUUAAAUGGC